GAAAUGGAACCAUUAUUGGUGAAGAAACAUGAAAAGUAUUUCAGAAUGUGCCUUAUGUCACUCCCAGCAAAGGCACAAUCUGAAGACUCUAAUAAAUUAGCUAUUAUAUAUUUUUGUGUACAUGGAUUAGAUUUACUAGGUAAAUUGAAUUUUACGCCAACCGAACAAGAACAAUAUUCUGAAUUCAUUUAUGACCAUAUAAUCAAUGAGACGAUAGGAAAUGAAGAAAUACAGGCAUUUAGGCCGAGUCAAACCUUCAAGUUGAAUAAAAUUGAUGGGACUUCAUCUUCUCCAUCUUAUGAUUUACCAAAUUUGGCUGCUACAUUUUUCGGAUUAAUAACUUUAUUAGCAUUAAAUUCCAAUUAUGGAGAAAAUGAUAAGAUUGAUCGUCAUAAGAUUAUGAAAUUCGUAUCCAUGUUGCAAUUGAAGGAUGGUCCAAAUAAGGGAGGAUUCAAACCUGUAUUGGGGGUAGAUAGAACACCAUUUGGAGAAUGUGACUUGAGACAUUGUUAUACGGCGUUAUGUAUAAGGAAACUAUUAAAAUAUGAUGAACUUUCCAAAGAUGAUAGGAAAUAUGAUAUUGAUAUUGAUUCAAUUCAAAAAUUUCUAUCGGAUAGAAUAAGUGUUAAUGGGGGGCUUAGUUCAAAUAAAUAUACUGAACCACAUUCAGGACUUACAUUUUGCGGCAUUGCUGCAUUGAAGUUAUCAGGGUAUGAUUUUAAAGGAAACCAAUCUAAUUGGGUAGAUCAAACAAUCAAUUGGCUUGUACAUAGACAAGUAGAUUACCCGUCUCUGGUGGAAAGUUAUGCUACAGAAGAUUAUUAUUACUGGGAUUCUAAUGAUAUAGGAGGAUUUAAUGGACGAGAAAAUAAAUUUGGAGAUACUUGUUAUUCAUGGUGGUGCACAGCUAGUUUAAAAAUUUUAUGUGGUAAUCAAGGUCUUCAAUUAAUCGAUUCUAAUGCAGCUCAAAAAUAUUUACUUGAUAAUACACAAAAUAAGCUUAUUGGUGGGUUUGGGAAAGAUGGUGAAACAUUCCCUGAUCCAUUACAUAGUUUCUUGGCAUUAGCUUCACUUUCAAUGUGGAAGAAUUCUAUUAAUUCUAGUUUUGAAGUAGAUGGGAAUUCUGAACUUGGUAAUAUUGAUGAAUUAUUAGUAAUUUCAUCGGGACUGAAGGAUUUCCUUGAUAAAGUGAUAUACAUAUAG